AAAAUGAUUUGCACAAUUUAUUGUUAAAAUAUAUCAAAUAUUAGAUGCAUGGAGAGAUUUGCCACUUCGGUUCUGGAUAUGAGCGUAAAAAUAAACUUAACGACACUCGUGACAAUUUUUUCUCUUUGGUCUUAUUUCUAAUUGAAUUAGAGUAAGUGCGACCAUUGGUUAAUAAUGGAGAGAGGGCUGGCAUGCUUUCUCCAAAAGCUCCUCCUCCUUUCUCUCUUACAAUCAGAAACUACAUCUUAUAAGAGCUGCUGAACAUCCCAUUUCCAGCCCAUAAUCUGAUCUGAAAAUCAUAGGUGCAGGAGCUGUUUUAACCUCCUUUAACCAUCAUUUCAUCAAGGAGGAGACAGAAACAACCUGCAGCACUGUGGUUGUUGUUGUUUUCUCCUUUUUGGGCUGAGAUUUCACUCUCUGGAAAAACUCUUUUGCAACUCUUUUCUAUCUAAAAAACAAUGCAGUUAGAGAACAUCCUUCCCAGCAGCAGCAGCAGCAUCACUUCUUUACCCAAAACCUUUUACAACCUCUCCUCGUCGGACAGUGCCAACAACAGCCCGAGGUCUUCAUCACAGCAGCUUGAGUACCAACAAGAAGUGGAUCGGACUGAAUCAGAGUCCAGCAGCAGCAGCAGCGCUCCUAAGAAGUACCUGGUGGGUACCGGGAUGCUGGGAGGUGGAGGUGUUGAUGGAGAGGCAGUGGACACUUCUUUCACUAAAAGUGGGGUGCAAGAUGUGAGGAAAGGCUCUCCGGUGCUCCUCGGUGAGGAACGGCGUUACAACAUAAUAGAUGAACUCGGCUCUGACAGAUACUUCAUCUCCUCUCAGGCCAGUUCCGACAUGGCGAGCCCUUGUUCCCUCUUUCCUUACGCAGGACAGACCGGCUCCUCGGUGUACACCGGCUCCAGCAGCUCCUCCAGGUACCCGGCGUCGCUCCACUACGGAUCCGUGCUGCCGCCGCCUCCGACGGGCUUCUCCUCCGCCUCCUCCGUGUGCACCGGCCGGAGCCAGUUUAGCAGCGGAGGGUACCAGUUCAGCAGCCAGGGUCCGGGCUGUUUGUACCCGUCCUAUCCAGGGGCUGGGUCGGGUAUCGGGUCCAUGUCUCUGCCCGGGUCUGCAGCCGGAGCCAGGGCUCAGGUCUAUCUGUGCAACCGGCCUCUGUGGCUGAAGUUCCACCGGCACCAGACCGAGAUGAUCAUCACCAAACAGGGCAGACGGAUGUUCCCAUUCCUCAGCUUCAACAUCACUGGACUCAACCUCACGGCCCAUUACAAUGUCUUUGUAGAAGUUAUUUUGGCUGACCCGAAUCACUGGCGCUUUCAGGGAGGAAAGUGGGUCACUUGUGGAAAAGCAGACAAUAAUAUGCAAGGUAACAAAAUGUAUGUUCAUCCUGAAUCUCCAAACACUGGUGCUCACUGGAUGAGGCAAGAAAUCUCUUUUGGCAAGUUGAAGCUGACCAACAAUAAAGGGGCCAACAACAACAACACACAGAUGAUAGUCUUGCAGUCGCUUCAUAAAUACCAACCGCGACUGCACAUUGUGGAGGUGACGGAGGACGGCGUGGAGGACAUGAGCAACGAGGCCAGAACUCAAACCUUCACCUUCCCAGAGAACCAGUUUAUAGCCGUCACUGCUUACCAGAACACAGAUAUCACACAGCUGAAGAUAGAUCACAACCCAUUUGCGAAAGGCUUCCGGGACAACUAUGACUCGAUGUACACGGCACCAGAGAGUGACAGGUUGACUCCGUCCCCUACAGACUCCCCUCGCUCCACCCAGAUUGUCCCCGGGGCCCGCUACGCUAUGCAGCCUUUCUUUCAGGACCAGUUCGUCAACAACCUGCCUCAGAACCGCUUCUACACCAGUGAACGGGCCGUCCCCCAAACCAACAGCCUCCUCUCCUCGCAGAGCGAGGACGUCGCCGCCGCCGCCUCCGCCCAGCGCUGGUUCGUCCCACCGGUCCAGCAGCCGGGCUCCAACAAGCUGGACCUGUCCUACGAGAAUGACUAUUCCACCAGUAGCCUGCUGUCCUACGGCAUCAAGCCCCUGUCCCUGCAGACGUCCCACGCACUCAGCUACUACCCCGACUCGGCCUUCGCCUCCAUGGCGGCAGGCUGGGGCACCAGAAGCUCUUACCAGCGCAAGAUGACCACGGGCCUGCCGUGGUCCCCUCGUCCGAGCCCCCCAGCCUUCCCGGAGGACCAGCUGGGGGCCACUAAAGACAAGCUUCCCGAGGAGAGCGCGCCGCCGGCCUCGACCUGGAUCGAGACAUCCCACUCGCUGAAAUCGGUGGACUCUACCGAUUCUGGCGUGUACUCCGUGGUGUGCAAGAGGCGCAGGAUGUCCCCCGGGGGCUCGAGCACUGAGAACUCCCCGACCAUCAAGUGUGAGGACUUGACUACGGAAGAGUACAACAAGGACAACCCAAAAGGCAUGGGUUAUUAUGCAUUCUACACAAGCCCCUAAGACUGUAUUUAUUGAAACUAAAUCUAAUUCUUUUGUUUUAUUACUGAGUGCUCUCCAUCCAAUCCCUGUUAAUGUCUUUUUUCUCUUUUCUCUAAAGGUGCCAAAGCUUAGUGUUCUCCCCCCCCAAGCAAGCUGCACAAGGUUAUUUUCCCAGGCCAGCCCCUCUCACAUACCUGAGCAGAAACAUGCAUAGUGAUUGUUGUUUUUGAGGAAAAAAAUUAAAGCAUGUCCCCCUUUUUAUUCAUUUUAUUUUUACAACUUUUAUUUUUUACAAAUGUGAAUUUUUAUUUUUUUCCCUCCUCCCCUGCGUAUUUAAGUCAUUUCCGUUGUACAGUAUUCGUGCACUUUAGAAUGUGAUGUAUCUUGUACAAAUUGUCUUCAUGGAGGUGUUAUUAAAUGGAUAAUAAAACGGCUUUUCACAAAGCACUGUCCAAA